AACCUCUAUGUCUUCCAGCGUAUCUGUUUCAGGAACAGGUUCCAAUAUGCCGUCUGGAAGAUCUGACGAAAGCGAGCGAUGCUCUAUAGUUUCGGACGACCUUCGUCGAUUGCGUACGGGAAAGCGAGGGAGGCCACCAAUUGACCCUACGCAAAAAGGCCUAGGGGAGGCAUGUUUAGGGACCUACUGUUCUUCCAUACUCAUCAAGUCUGACUUGGUGUUCUAACUGGCUGAUAGAGGCGGCGUAACCAAGUUCGGAAAGCACAACGGGCUUACAGGUCUCGAAAAGGGGAAGAAGCUGCUCUUCGCAUGAACUACGUGCAGUUUCUUGAAAAUCGAAUCGAGCAGAUGAGCCGGUCUUUCUUUGAACUAUUAUCCCAUAUUACAAAGGCGGGAAUUCCUCAGACGCAGCCGGAACUCUCACGCGAGAAGAUCCAGAGUAUUACUCGCGAUUUCAUAUCUGCUUCUCAGAUGAUCGAGCCUGUCAACGAGCCACAACUUGAUGAUGGACAUGUCUGUCAUAAUCACUCAAGGGCUGACCCCAACUCCAACAUCACUUGGUCUACGAAUUGGCCAGUACCAGCCACUAUACCCACCGAAACACCAAUGCCUAUUCAUACGCCUCCGUUAGGGCUUCCCAUUACUCUCUUGGAAACACAAUUCCCAGUACCAAGAAACUUCGCGGAGCGGCUUUAUUUUACUUGCAUCAAGCGGGCUCAUGGCCUGUUAACUGAUCCGCACGCGGAUGGGGCUGAAGUCGCCCGCGUUUUCCAGUAUACAUUCCACUACUCGGACACUGAUACGAUGAUUUCGACUUUCGAGAUCUUGCUACGGACUAGUGCCGAUUACCGAACUGCAUAUGUGUAUAGGUUGGGUGGUGCAGGGACCCAUUACCAAGAAAGGCAGGCAGAUCUUGACAUUGUCCAGAAUGUCUCGGUAGGACAAGAGAUGCCAUGUGAAAGUGAUGAUACUACAUGGUUCGAUCCUCGGGAUAUCGAGGGUUGGCUCGAAGAGAAUGGUCUUGUUAUUGGAGCGGCACAGUCUUUUAUGUACCUAUCGGACUUGCGUUCGUUCAGAUCGUGCAGGAAUAUGACAUUAUGUACCAAGAGUGAGCCCUCCCUGGGCUCACAGGAGCAUAUUCGGCAAAGUGCAAAGGUCCUCAACGUGGACCGGUUUCUUCAAGAACUUCUUUUGAAGGGAGUGUGUUUAGGAUGUGCACCAGGAUUCCGUCGUUUGGAUGUCGAAGCGGCAUUCAAUCUGGCGAUAUCAGAUGAUACAACCUUCAUCUUUGAACUAUAACCGCGCUGCUAUACGAGGGACUUUGUCUUGUAAAUACAAAUUGGCGGCCGUAUUCUACAACCCUAAUGAUUUCCAACUUUCUCUGUAUAUGGAAACGGCUUAUUGCCAAAAAAAAAUGACAUUCGGCUGGUCGCGAUGGAUUUACUGCUGCCAGGGUCUAGCCGCUCGGUUCAGGAUAAAUAUCCUCAGAAUCGCAUAAAUCGAGCAAUAGGCUGUUAAUAUCGACAGUCAAGUUGUAUCCUGUCAAUCUAUCAAGC